GACCUUGGAAGGUUCUGGCAUACAUGGCGACGCGUUAGACUACAGGUGAUGGCACAUACAUAUCUACACAAUGGCUGACCCUUCCAUCCUGCUAGACACCUCGCGUGUCUUUGAUGAGAACAUGGUAGCCCUGCUCGAUACGGUAAUCGAUGCUAUGUUCGAUUCCGGUAGCGGCCAUAACAGGGAAGCAGCCCAUAAAAUUCUCGAGCAAUUCCGUACCCUACCUGAUAGCUGGAAACACGUGGCAGUAAUACUGUCGUGUUCAAAGAAUACCAACACUAAGUUCUUCGCUCUACAAGUGCUGCAGAUGUGUAUCCAAACUAGGUGGAAUGUCCUGGCAAUUGAAGAUCGACUGGGUAUACGAAGCUAUGUGGCCGAUCUAGUAAUUAAACUAAGUAUGGACGACGAAGCCUGUAAUCGAGAACGCCAUUUCCUGACUAAACUGAAUGAAACAUUAAUUCAGAUCGUAAAACGAGAAUGGCCAGAACGCUGGGAUAACUUUAUCCCAGAAAUAUGCCGUGCAUCGCAAGUGUCACAAAGCCUAUGUGAAAAUAAUAUGAGGCUCCUGAACAUGCUGAGUGAAGAGCUGUUCGAUUUCGGAGAGGACCAUAUGCAAAGUCGUACAGUGCAACGUCUAACAUCACGUAUGAGCGCUGACUUUAAAGAUAUAUUCGAGCUGUGCAUAUUUGUCAUGCACAAUUCAAUAACUAACCCAGAGUCUGUACGAGUGUCCCUGGUUAAGCAGACAUUGACGUGUCUAGCACACUUCUUGAAAUGGAUACCCGUGGGUUAUAUUUUUGAGCAGUAUUUUUACGGAGGCGUUAAUGUGGUCUUGAUAGACCUGCUGCUAGAUCACUUCUGGGAUUCCAUGACGUACCGAGUUGAGUGCACCAAGUGUUUAACGGAAAUCGCGGGGUUGUCACUAUCAUCGCAAGAGAUGCAGGCGUUUGGCAUGCGAGUGGCGUCAAUGUGGCCGAAGCUGGUAGCCAAGGUGUCUUCACUACCCGAGAAUUCCACACAUUAUGAUGAUACUAACCAUGUGGCGCCCUGUAACAGGUUGUUCUGGGAGACUUUCUACUGCCAGUUCAGCAUCUGCUGCACCAACUUCCUGAAAAACUUCCGAGAAUCUAUCGUAGAGCGCGAUGCCAAUAACCAUCAGUCGCUCAUAUAUGUGCUCGAAAGGUUAGUAGCCAUGACAGAUAUCAACCACGAAGAAACAUUUAAAAUAUGCCUGGACUACUGGCAUAUAUUCGUGGCAGCAAUCAUGCGCGAUGUAAAGGAACACCAACGGCAACAAGCAGCCGAACGUGGUAUAAUCGUGAGUGAACUAGGAGAAGUACAGGGAUUUAAUCCACGUACCAUUAAUUUAAACCAAACAUAUGAUAAUGGACGCUUGGGUAUCUAUCGCCCAGUUCUGGUACAACUACAGAGGGUCCUUAUAAAGAGGAUGGCGAAGCCACAGGAAGUGUAUAUACUAUACGACGCCGACGCAUGUGAAGUCACAAGGGAAUAUAACCCAAAUACUGCAGAAAUCGCUUUGUAUAACCGUAUGAAGACUGUGUUGAUUAAUCUAACAACUAUUAUGCAGGAAGAUACCGAAAGGAUAAUGAUGGAGGUGUUGGACCGUGAAAUGGAAAUUGCACAUUCAUCAAAUAGACGUGAUACCUGGGACCCUACCAUACUCAACAGGCUAUGCUACAGUGUGGGAUCAAUAUCCGGAGCUAUGGACGAAAUGGUAGAAAAACGAUUUCUGGUGCUUAUUAUCAAGUGCCUGCUUAACAUAUGCGAGGUAAAGACAGCCACUGGGGACAAGGCUAUCGUAGCAUCAAAUAUAAUGUACGUCGUAGGGCAAUACCCUAGGUUCCUAAAGAAUAACUGGCGGUUCCUUUACACUGUGAUGAACAAGUUAUUUGAAUUCAUGCGAGAAAUGUUCCCAGGAGUACAGCAAAUGGCUUGUGAAACUUUCCUAAAGAUUACCACAUCGUGCAAGAAAACCAUUGCGAUGCAAACGCUGAAUGAUGUACCGUAUAUCAACGAAUUGAUUAGGCUUAGGGAUCCUAUGACCGGGGUGUUAGAUGAUAAACUCAUACUCUGGUUCUACGAAUCUGUAGGUAAUGUAAUAUCAGCAGUGGAUAACCAGUAUCGCCACCAGACCAUCAGUAUGCUGAUGGAGCGCUGUAACUGUGAUUGGCAAGCUAUACUGGGUAAUACCAGUGACCCCAACCUACUAUCGGGAGAUGCCGCAGUUUGGGCAACAGUACAAAAUAUGCCAAUUUACCACGUAGAAACCACGCGAUCGAUUAUACAAAUAUUGAGGAUGAACAACCGGGUGGCUAAAAGCACAGGGUCGGCAUAUACGCGCCAGCUGAUGUAUAUAUACCCCGGGAUAACACAUCUAUACAAUCUAUAUUCAUGCUACAUACAAAACGCAGUCAAAGCUGCAGGGCCAGGAGUCUUGAAGCAUAAUAACAUAAACCUAAUGCAUCUGGUCCGUAGGUCAAUCUUGCAUCUACUGGAGACUUACAUUGGGCACCUACCAAAUAAGAUCGCUAAGACAUACUCCGAGCCGUCUGUUCCAAUACAGGUGGACAACACAGUUGACAUGGACCAAACAGAAGAUUGUAAUAUGAACAACUACAACGAGGUAUUGAACAUGCUCAUACAGUCUAUUACCUCAACUGUAUUGGUUGUAUAUCGUAACUGCUUGGCAGAAACACGUGAUCAUGAAGUUAUAUGCGUAGUGACAACGUUAAUCGAGAAGCUAGGUAAUAGCGGAUCACACGUUUUGCCACAAAUAUUUGAACAGAUUUUCGAUUGUACACUCGAUAUGGUUAAAAUGGACUUCCACAGCUUCCCAGAGCACCGUGAAUAUUUCUACGAAAUGCUACAAAAGUGUACCAAGCACUGCUUCGAUGGAUUAUUGCUACUGCCCAGUGAACGACUUCGUGCAUAUGUGAUGUCAUUAAUAUGGGCAUUUAAACAUGAACACCCCUCAGUAGCAGAGCGUGGAUUGACAGUAGUCCGAGAAUUCUUGAACAACCUAAUGUUACUUGACCGUCGUAACGACCAGUCGCCAGGAGGACAAGGCAUGUCCGCUGUACUCAGCUUCUGCAGGAACUAUUACUAUUUACUGCUCAAGGAAAUCCUUGGUGUACUCACUGAUACACUACAUAAAUCUGGAUUCCGAUUACAAACUGAGAUACUGCGAGUGCUAAUUCGCUUCUUGGAGUGUGGUACUGUCAACGACCCAAGUUCAGAACUAACACGAGUACACGUCAUGAAGUUCCUGGUUGAAUUGCUAGGAAACAGCUUCAUCACACUGAAUGUCAAGCAAGUAGAAGCUUUCGUGGUGGACCUGUUCAACUUCGCAGGGGAGACCAUAGCCGAGCAGAACGAAUCAAUGAUGUCAUCAGGUCUGAGCAUAACAUCAGGACAGCCCAUGAGGUUCCAAACACAUGUCAAGGACUUUCUACUGUCACUCAAGGAGUUUGCAGGCUCAGGAGAUGAGUUCGAUCGUAUAUUUGAACAGGAUAGGCAAAAUGCAAUAGAACGUGCAAGGGCAAUAGAACAGCGUAAACUACAGCAUGAACAGGGUAUAUACAAUGAUACAAAAGAGGUAACACUCGAUUAGGACAUACAGUGGGAUUACACAAGUAUAUGUGACACUGCUGUGUGAUGUUCCCUCUAAUGGUCAUGCCGUG